CUAACAUGCCUACUUGUUUCGCUGUACGCCUGUAAUUGUCGUCUUCCCUCUGCGCUUUUGGUGGUGCUGAAAGCCUGAAAGCUAACAUACAACAAAAAAAGAGAGAGUAAAACAGAGCAUCCAUGGCGACGAAAGGGUUUGUAUUGUAUCUAUUAGCCGGUUUCUCCGUCGCCGUUUUAUCGGUUUUCCUCAUCUCAGACCAUCACAGUUACAAAAUCAAUCACCUUCCUCACCGUUCUUCUCCGGAUUCAGUUACUCUUGAUUCCGACGAAAAAACCUGGCCUGAAUUGGAGUUCGAUGGGAGAAUCGUGUUGGCUACGAUAAUAGGGUUCUUAGGUUCUGCAUUUGGAACGGUGGGUGGUGUCGGCGGUGGUGGCAUUUUUGUCCCUAUGCUUACUUUGAUUGUUGGUUUCGAUACGAAGUCCGCCGCUGCUCUUUCCAAGUGUAUGAUAAUGGGAGCAUCUGCAUCAUCGUUUUGGUACAAUCUAAGAGUACAACACCCAUGCAGAGAAGUACCAAUUCUGGACUAUGAUUUAGCCCUAUUGUUUCAGCCUAUGCUCAUGCUUGGAAUCACACUUGGUGUUGCUCUUAGUGUCGUUUUUCCUUAUUGGCUCAUCACUGUUCUCAUCAUCAUCCUCUUCUUAGGAACCUCUUCAAGGUCUUUCUUUAGGGGAAUUGAGAUGUGGAAAGAAGAGUCUAUACUAAAGAAAGAAAUGGCAAGGCCACGAGAAACAUUUGCCAAUUCUCGAGGCGAACUUCUGAUUGACACAUACGAGCCUUUAAUUCCUAGAGAAGAGAAAUCUCCAAUGGAAAUAUUUACAUUUAAUUUACGCUGGAAGAAGCUUAUGCUUCUGGUUGCCGUAUGGGCUGCCUUUCUAGUUCUUCAAAUCAUCAAGAAUGAUCUAGUGGUUUGCAGUACAUGGUACUGGGUGCUCACUGUUGCACAGUUUCCUGCGACACUGGCGGUUUUUGGAUAUGAAUGUGUUAAAUUAUACAAAGAAAGCAAGAAGAGGAAAAGCUUGGGGAACACUGAAUCAGUGUGUGAGGCUUCGAUCGAGUGGACUGUCCCCCACCUUAUCUUCUGUGCUCUCUGCGGGAUAUUGGGCGGCACUGUCGGCGGCCUUCUUGGCUCCGGUGGCGGCUUCAUUCUCGGCCCCCUCUUACUCGAGAUCGGUGUCAUUCCUCAGGUGGCAAGUGCGACAGCAACAUUUGUGAUGAUGUUUUCUUCAUCUUUAUCAGUGGUCGAGUUUUAUCUACUCAACCGGUUUCCUAUCCCAUACGCAUUAUACUUGAUGUCAGUGUCAAUUUUAGCCGGUUUUUGGGGACAAUUCUUUGUUAGAAAACUUGUUGCUUUUCUAAAGAGGGCUUCACUCAUAGUGUUCAUUCUUUCUGCUGUCAUAUUUGCUAGUGCAGUUACAAUGGGGGUUAUUGGUAUUGAGAAGAGCAUCACAAUGAUUCAAAACCAUGAAUUCAUGGGAUUUCUUGAGUUCUGUAGCAGUCAGUAAGGGUUCAAAAGAGUGAUGGUAUUUAUGUACAGAAUCGUAGAGUGAUGCGAAGGAGGUGCUUUAGGCCAAUGUCUGUUGGCCAAUUGACAUCCAUUGCUAGCAAAUUAUUGUUAUUGUUUAUGGUUAAAUUUGUUGUCACCGGUGUUGUGUGUGUGUGGAAAGAGGCUUUGAGUGAUGUUUAAUACACCACCACCAUCGCCGCCCAUCACCACCGCCAUAGUGGUCGAUUUGUAGUGUCGAAUAAAGUUUCCGGUGUGUGGUUGCCAAGGAGUGUUAGCUAGUCGUUGACACGAAAGCAACCUUCAAAUGUUGAUUUGGUAUUUGCAUUUCAUUGUAUUGAAUUUAUUUUGCAUAUAAAUGGAAGUUUUAUUAUGUGUUAA